AUGCAAAUCCUGUCAGAUCUUCAUCUGGAAGUUCCUAAUGCAUACGAUGUUUUCCAUAUCGAGCCCAAAGCGCCAUACCUGGCAUUAGUUGGCGACAUUGGCUACGCCAAAGACGAUGGCUUCUUCCGCUUUCUUCGCAAACAACUCGAGGAAUUUCGUAUCGUGUUUCUGGUUUUGGGAAACCAUGAGCCCUAUUACAGCAGUUGGACCGAAGCUAAAACGAAAAUCAAACGUUUCGAAUCCGGAUUGGCGCCUCUCCCAUCGGGCAAACCGCUCGGCCAAUUUGUUUUCCUCGACAAAGCACGCCACGACAUUUCAUCAACACUUAGCAUUCUUGGAUGCACCCUGUUCUCGCAGGUGGCACACGAACAAGAGGAUAGCGUCAGUUUUGGCCUGAAUGAUAAUUAUUAUAUCGAUGAUUGGUCUGUUGAGGCACACCAAGAAGCGCAUCGCGCAGACCUCGACUGGCUCAACAAUGAAAUCGAUUCAAUCUCACGCUUCGAACCAAAUCGAAAGGUUGUCGUGUUGACUCACUACUGCCCAUUGAUCAGUAAAGAUGUUGUCGAUCCUCAACAUGCUGGCAGCAAAAUUUCCUCUGCUUUCAUGUCUGAUUUAUCAAGUGAGCCUUGCUGGAAUCGUGGCGUCGUGAAACUUUGGGCAUUUGGACAUACGCAUUUUAACUGUGAUUUUCGGGACUCUGUCGAUGGCAAACGAGUUAUUUCAAACCAGAGAGGAUACUACUUUUCUCAGGCGGCGAAUUUUGAUGGCACAAAAAUAGUCGAUAUUUAA